AUGGCGGCUACCGACUGUCUCGUAAACAUAAACAUAGACGAUGCGGACAGGUCUGUCAACAACCCCAUCGUCGCGACGCCACUGGAAGACGAGGAACCCAACCUCGCAGAACUGAACUGUGACUCGAAUAAAAAACAGAAGAACAUUGUUUCGUCACACCUUGAGGACAAACGCCCCAUGUUUGAUGCUGCCUUGAGCCGAAUAUAUCGCUACACCCCGGUCCCUACCCUCAUCCUCGAUGCUUGUCUAUGUGUUGUGGAGGUCUCAGACAGCCACUGUGCCUUCUCGGGUCAAUCGAGGGAUUCGUUGAUGGGCACCUGCAUCUGCGAAGUUCCGUCUCACACCAUCCCUGCGCCGGAUAUCCCUACUCUUUAUGGAGCGUUACGCGCAGCCAUAACCUCGAAAGAAAUUCAAAUCAUCGAAAGCAUACAGCUCGAAAACAAUAGGUCAUUCUACCAGCUUCGGGUAACGCCAGUGUUGGAAGAAUCAUCGUUAAUAUACGUCGUGUUGGAAGGUCACGAUAUUACGAAGGCUCACUGGGCGGCGUCUGAUAACCAACACGCCUACGUGAACGAAACUUAUAAGAUCUUAGUCGAUACUGUCAAAGACUAUGCCAUCUUCAUGCUAGAUAUAAGAGGCAACAUCACCACCUGGAAUUCUGGUGCUGCCAUUUUGAAGGGAUACUCGGCGUCGGAAAUUAUCGGAAAGCACUUUUCAAUUUUCUACAGUCCCGAGGACCGUCGUAACAAAAGGCCAGCUAGGGGUUUAGCUGAGUCUCUACGAAAAGGACGACUGGAAGAUGAAGGCUGGCGGUACCGACGCGAUGGAUCACGAUUUUGGGCCAACGUGAUGAUCACGCCUGUCUACCAGUUUGGCCGUCAUGUUGGUUUCGCCAAGGUAACGCGGGACCUGACGGAGCGGAAGGCGGGUGAGGCACGCAUGAUCGCGGCCUUCGAGGAGUCGUCAAAAAUGAAGGCCGACUUCUUGGCGAAUAUGAGCCACGAGAUUCGGACCCCAAUGAACGGCAUGCUGCUCGCGCUGACGAUGGUGGCUGAUACGGAGCUUACCGAAGAGCAACGCGAGUACACUGCGAUUAUCGAUGACUCUAUGUCGAUCUUACUCCAGAUUAUAAACGAUGUCCUCGACUACUCGAAGCUCUCCUCAGGUUCAUUCUCCCUCAAUUCUGACGUUGUGAAUAUUGAGAGCAUCUUUGGCGCUGUCGUGCGCAACUGCAAGCCUCUCCUGGAGCCCGGAGUUGAGCUGACCUGGUCUGUUUCACCGAACUUCCCCAAUGUGAUGUAUGGCGAUCCUCUACGGUAUCGCCAAGUGGUCCAGAACCUAGUUGGAAAUGCGGUGAAGUUCACGCAUUCGGGCUAUAUUCGACUUUCCACAACCUUUUCCGUCGACGAACGUGAUCCGAAGAAGUACAUAGUCGCGACGGAGAUUACCGACACAGGAGUCGGGGUCCCUGACUGCGCUGUCAACACUCUGUUCACUCCAUUCACACGAUUCGCCGAUUCCACUUCCCGGAGAUAUCAAGGCACUGGACUUGGUCUUUCCAUAUGCAAGAGUCUAGCAGAGCUUAUGGACGGCACGGUGGGGUACCGACACAACCGAGAAGGCAAAGGCAGUGUGUUUUGGUUUACCGCGAGAAUGGACUGCAAAGGCAUGGCACCUGCAGGCGAAAAGACCAAAGCAUCUAUAACCGACGACUCGGAGGACCUCAUGGGCAAAAUACGAGAGCUCGCACCGAGCAAGCAUAUGCUACUAGUUGAAGACAACAUUGUCAACAACACGGUAAUGUUGAAACUACUUCGAAGCAUUGGCUUCAGGCGCGUUGAUGUAGCCUGGAACGGAGCCGAGGCAGUUCGACUGAUCAAGCAGACGCCUUUGUCGUACAACGUGGUUCUCAUGGAUAUCAGCAUGCCAGUUCUAGAUGGACUGGAAGCGACCUCACAGAUCCGGAGCAUGGACAUCGACGUGCCUAUCAUUGCGCUCACGGCAAAUGCACUCAAAGGCGAUGCAGAAACGUAUCUCGCCAAGGGGAUGAAUGAUUAUAUUGGGAAACCAGUCCGCCGGGAUCAGCUUUUGCGAAUCCUUUGGAAAUGGAUGGGAACUUGA